UCGCUAAUAUACAAGUCAUAGCUAAAUCGAUGUAAUAAUCCUUGUUCGCAUGCAAAAGCAGGCUUACUGAGACUAGAAAAGCAGGAAAAGUUGUGCAAAUGAAUUACAAGCUUGAUUUUGCUUUAACCGUUCUUCAUAUGUUGUUUGCGGUGGACUUCUUAGAUAACCAAGCAGCAGUAAGAGGUUGCAGAGAAAUCGUUUUUAAGCAUCAGUGGAAAAACAAGGCUUUGCAAGGCCACACGCUAAGAACCCUAAGUGCAGGAGAUUUUGAAAGUUGUAGACUGAAAUGCUACCUGGAGGACAACUGGGUUUCAGUUAACUUUGAAUCUACUGGGAAAUGUGAUCUUAAUGGCAAGGACCAUACCCAGAAGCCAAACGAUUUAGUGGAUGCCAUUGACAACUCAUAUUCAUCUGUGGAAAACCCCUGCGCCAGUUCGCCGUGUCAGCAUCCUAAUGUUCUUUGUCAAGUCGGUUUUACUGGCCGAGGGUACAGAUGUAACUGCAACAAAACUGGAUUCGCUGGUGAGACGUGUGAGAAAGCUGUCCUCCGUAUUUUUGUUAAAUCGUUCGGCACUAAGGACAGACCGGAUGGUGCCAUUUUUGGAGAUACGAUCAUCGAAGUAAACGGGAUAAAUCACUGCAAAAAGCGAAGAGGUCACAACAUCGUAACAGUUUAUCCUGGUAACGGAUCAAUUCACGCAAGUAAGAGUUUCGACACACACGAUAGUGCACAAGCAAGUGCAGACAUGACAACAUUUAUAAACAGUUUACCAGAAAAUAUCAUGGUACUGAUUGCAGUGCACGAUUCAGCACUUGCCAGUGUCAUGCGUAACACCCCAGGUGCUGAAAGUGCCCUGCGCAAUGUUGGAGCUGUAGACCCUGUGUUCACCCAGCUGCGCGAAUCGUGGCUGCUUAUUGGUUACAAAGGCGCAGAUAAGCCCACGUGGAUUCAGCAAAGAUAUGCAGCGAGGAACCUGGGACCAGUUUCUAUUGGAACUGAGAUAAUUUUCUAA